AUCUUAGUGACUCUUCUGAAUCAAAAAUCCAAAGGCAGCAUUGAACUAAAAGGGAAGGAGCCCGAAUACUACCCUAAGAUCUUUGCAAACUACCUCGAUGAACAAGAAGAUGUAGACACCAUUGUCCGGGGCAUUCGUCUCUAUAUGAAGUUCUUAAGUACGGAAACUUUUAAGAAGCAUGAAGGUCAUUACAUAAAACUUCCACUAUCAGAGUGCGAUAGAUUGGAGUACGAUUCCGAUAAUUACUGGGAGUGCUACACAAGACAUAUGGCUACAACUCUCUAUCAUCCUACUGGAACAGCCAAGAUGGGCCCGGAAUUUGAUAAAGAUGCUGUCGUUGAUCCCCGACUUAGGGUUAAAGGUAUCAAAGGACUGCGAGUUGUGGAUGCUAGCAUUAUGCCAGAUAUUGUUUCCAGUAACACGAAUGCUCCAACGAUCAUGAUUGGUGAGAAGGGAGCUGAUCUAAUCAAGGAAGACUGGAAGUAUGACAUCAAGCAUGAAGAAUUGUAAAAUUCUCACAAUAAUGUACCAAUUUUCCUUUCUUAAAAACUAUGUCACGUUAUCAAUUUAACAGCUAAUACUCUUGUCUUAAACUCAACAUUAGAAAUUAAGAAGAUUUUCUUGUCAAUCACUCAAUCAUGGACGAUAAGAUAAUGAAUAAAUAAAAUAAGAAAUCCCCAAAAAUGUGCACAGAAGCAGUGCCCUCAGUAUUUAUUCAACUGUCUUCAGAGGCGGUAAAAAAGUUUUCACAUAUCUUGGUUGCGAAGCUUUGUGCUUCAAUUCUUUCGAUAUCUCUGCCAACUUGGGCGUGAUUAUGGAGAUCGCACCGUACCCCUGCAAUUCAUCCCAAGUGGGUGCACUAACUAUUCUCACGAGUGUGCUUGUUCAUCAACUUUUCCAAGCUCAAUGCACUUUCAAACCUCCCUCAAUGGAAAAGAGAGAUGUUGGAGAUAUUUUUCUUGAAAAAGGAUUCCUUGACGAUUACGAUUUUAUUGUUGUUGGAGCUGGAUCAGCAGGAUCUGUUGUUGCUGGACGCCUAAGUGAAAACCCACAAUGGAAAAUUCUACUUUUAGAAGCAGGUGGAGAUCCUCCAAUGGAAUCUGAGAUACCGGGUCUUGCUUUCGGCGUAUUGCAAGACGAAUACAAUUGGCAGUACUACGCGGAGAAAUCAGAUAGUGUGGGAUUAGCCUAUCCCAAAGGCAUCUACUGGCCACGUGGAAAACUUCUUGGAGGCUGCAGUAGUAUCAACAUGAUGGUUUACGUCCGUGGAAAUCGUCAUGAUUACGAUGAAUGGGAGAAGAUGGGCAAUACAGGAUGGAAGUACAAAGAUGUUUUGAGAUAUUUCAAAAGAUCUCAAGACAAUAGGCACCGGGAUCUCUUUGAGAUGUCAGGGAGUGAUUUUCACGCACUAGGAGGCCCCCUAAAAACCGAAACAUUCUACAGUGCUUCCGAUACAAUGAGAAAUGUGAUUAUGAAUGGAGCACAAGAGAUUGGCUACAAGAAGAAUGAAGACAUUAAUGGUGCUGAUCAAAUGGGUUGGGGAGCUACCACUGGAACUAUUGAGAAAGGUCAGAGGUGUAGUACUGCAAGAGCAUUUCUGAAGCCAGCAGAGAAUCGAACAAAUCUCCAUGUAAUCCGUAAUGCUCAAGUUACGAAAGUACUUCUCAGUGAUCAGGGAGAAGCUGAAGGAGUGGAAUUUCUGUACAAAAAUAAAACGUUCCAAAGCAAGUCUUCACGGGAGAUCAUCCUAUCAGCUGGUGCAGUGAAUACCCCUCAAAUCCUUAUGCAUUCGGGAAUUGGUCCAGCAAAACAUCUCGAAUCAUUGGGAAUAGAAGUCAAGAAGGAUCUCUCUGUUGGACUUAAUCUUCAGGAUCACAUCUUUGUGCCAUACUUCCUGAAAUUCCACACUUCAGAACGCUUUGAUGCCGCUGCUGCGGAAAGAGAAAUGGCUGAUAAUAUCUUUCUCUACUUUCUCCACAAAAUUGGACCAUUUUCAGGCAUUGGUUUGACUGAUAUCAUGGGCUUUAUAAAUACACAGAAUGAUACGAGCUCCGUGCCUGAUGUUCAGAUUCUUAAUAUUCACUUCCUGAGAGGAUUACCGAUCUUUGAACAAUUUUUGAAGAAAUAUGGAUUCAGUCAGGAUAUCGAGAAGUCUCUCUUGAAUGAGUACAAAACGGGAGAUAUUCUAAUUCAUGGCAUCGUUCUAAUGAGACAAAAAGUCCCUGGAAAGAUUGAACUGCGAAGCAAAGAUCCAUUGGAAUACCCUAAGAUCACAGCAAAUUAUUUAGAGGAUCAAAGUGAAGUGGAGACAGUUAUUAGAGCUAUAAGGAUUUUACAGAAAAUGUCUCAGACUGCCUCCUAUCGAAAGCAUGAAGCUCAAGAAGUUAAGGUGAAAUUACCAAAUUGUGAUAUCUUGGAAAAAGACUCAGAUGCCUAUUGGGAGUGCUACAUUCGCUACAUGACCACAUCUACCUUCCAUGCAGUUGGAACUGCAAAGAUGGGACCUGACUCAGAUCCUCAAGCUGUUGUUGAUCCUGAACUCAAAGUCAGAGGCAUCAAGGGGCUUCGUGUUGCGGACGCUAGCAUCAUGCCAAUUAUCCCGAGUGGAAACACAAACGCACCUACAAUAAUGAUUGGUGAGAAAGCUGCUGAUAUGAUCGGGUCUCAUUGGAAAAAGAUUGACAAAGAAGCUAAGAAGAAAGACGAAUUGUAAUGCAAUUGACUCAAAUAAAGCUUCCCAGACUUUUGCUGCAA